UUGUAAUUUUUAGCCUAAAUUAUUUUCCCCCGAUUUCUCUCUCAUUAGUAAUUUCGUUCUCACGCGGACUGCGAACACAGCUCUUUACUUUUCUCUGCCGUCCUCACAAAGAUGAACACUAAUUCUGCAGCACCCUCUUCGAAAUCGAGGGCUGGGUCAUCGCAGUCCUCAGAAACUUCAUUUAAGCGCAAACGUGGAGUCUUUCAGAAAGAGUUGCAGCAUAUGAUGUAUGGUUUUGGAGAUGAUCCUAAUCCGCUUCCAGAAAGUGUGGCACUUGUGGAGGACAUUGUUGUGGAGUACAUCACAGAUUUGGUGCAUAAAGCCCAAGAUAUUGGAUCAAAGAGGGGAAAGAUAUCAGUUGAAGAUUUCCUGUAUCUGAUACGCAAGGAUUUGCCAAAACUUAACCGCUGUACAGAGUUGCUGUCUAUGAACGAGGAGCUGAAACAAGCAAGAAAGGUUUUUGAGUCAGAUGAAGAGAAGCUGAGGAAGGUUUUUGAGGCAGAUGAAGAAAACUAGCGUAGAUACUAGAUAGAGUAGCAUGCCAGUGUUUCAAUCAGCUAACGUUUGUUGUUACUUUUGUAUUGAGGCAUAUAUAUGUAUAUUUUGGGCUAGCACUGAUGCAUGCUUCUUUUUUUUUUUUUCCUUGCUAGAACUGAUGCAUACCUGUUGUAACUUUGUGGUGGUGUAAAUAAGAAACUGUUGUUAAGACCCUUCUAAUGCAGUUAGGCUAAGCAGAUACCAUUGAACAAUUGUCUUGUUUCCAACUGCACUGUGUAAUGAGGACAAUUUCUGACAGGAUUUGUUGUUUC